AUGCUGGCCACACUCCCAGAUUUCACACCGCGAGAUUCGCAUUCCCUGUGGUACACAUCAUCUAGGAGCACGUCACAGCCUCACACGCUGCACGAUACGCACCAUGGCGACGCGUCGCAUCAUAACCAGGGCACCGGUCAAUCAAGAUCACGCAGCCACAUCAUAGAACGGACAGCACUUGCCCGUCUCGCCGCCGACGAGCAAUACAUGCAUCGACGUCGAAUACACGUACAAAACUACGGCAGCGGUUGGCUGCGGCCACCCGGUAUAGCCAAGACCCUGCAUCAGAUGCGUGAAGAGAAGCGGGAACAAGAAGAACACCAAGAAGCCAUGCGCCGCGAACAACUCGCCCAAGAGCUUGCCGAAGCUGAGGGAGGAGGCAUGCCUGAAGAAGGUAUCAUGGACGACGUACAAUUAGACGGUGCACAAGAUCUCGACGAUGAAAUUCCCGAUGCCGACGACCAUUUCGGUAUGGGAGAUGACGAUGACGAGGAUGAAGACGAGGAGGAGCUCGAAGGAGAAGACUCUGAGCAAUUAGACGACGAAGCUCUCCGCGAAGAACGCCAAAACGACCUCAUGGCUGCACGUAUGCGCAUGACGGACGACGCAUUCCGCGAAGCCCUUGUCCGUGGCGACCCCGACGGCGACGACAUGUACGGCGGAGAAGAGGAGCUCGAGGAAGAGCACCAGGGCCACAUGCUAGACGAAGAGGACUUUGCGCAUGACGACCACGACGGUGGCUUGGACAUGUCCGCCAAUUUGGACGAUGAUAUUCCCGAGGCAGAGAGCGGUCUGUACGAACACACUGAUUCUGAAGCGGAAUUGAGCAGCAGCGAGGAAGAGGAGCCUGAUGACGAAGAAGAGGAACAAGAUAUUGGAUUUGUGCCGAGAACGGCGCAGAUGCUACCACCGCAGAGUCCUACCUUGCGCGGGAGAAGGACCUCUGGAAGGGAGAGUAUGGAUUUGAGCAAUAUCCUGAGUCAGGAUGAGAGCAGCUUUAUGGAUAGUAGCCCUGUGCAAAGGAGGAGGCAUGGCUGA